AGAGAUCCUCGCGCCGCUUGUUAUUAACGUUAAUAACGUUAUCUCUCGCGUCACUCAUGUCCCAACAAGGACCGCCGCUGCGGAGGAGCCGAAGAAGACUGCGGUUCAGGUGCACCGCUGUGAUUGAAUUACACUGAAGUUUGAGGCGCUGCGGUGCUCUCCAAACAAACCGCGGCCCGAUUCCACCGUGUUUAUCAUCUGAACGAAGCCUGCCAUUGUCUCAUCUCUGACGGGACUCCUCCGGGAACGACCUGCCGCCUGUCGUAACUCUUAAGGUAUUUUCAUGACAGUCUCAUGUGACCUCAGGAUCAAGAUGGAAACUAGACCUUCUGUCGUGUUUCUGAUGAACGCCUGAAGCAUCAACGUAUUAGUAAAAGGAUUUAUUUAUUCCAACUUUGACUUUUGUACUGCUAAAAGUGAUGGGGACGGAAGAAAAUCAGCUUGAAUCUCAUAAACACGAAGCGAGUGCAAAAGUGGAGCCGGAGGAGGAUGUGCCGUCAUGUCACACCUGCGGUGUGUGUGGUCGCAGCUUUCCCCUGCUCAGCUCUCUGUCGCAGCACAUGAGAAGACACACCCGGGAAAAGCCGUACAAGUGUCCCUACUGUGAGCACAGGACGGCUCAGAAGGGCAGCUUGAAGGCUCACAUUAGGAGCCAUAAACUGGGGCUGCUGAACCAUAGCAUCAGUGACAAGGAGCUGGAAGCAGACCAAGGACAGAAACAUCACGCCGACACGGCGGAUGCUCCGGAAUUCAUCAGCACACCUGACAAAGCCCAUAACGUCAACGGGAAGGUGAAGAAGAAGCUAACCAAAAAAGACAGGAGUAAAGAUGGCGGUGAGACCGGCCCUUUUUCCUGCACCAUAUGUGAGCAGGUUUUCCCCCAGUUGUUGCUACUCAAGUCUCACCUCAAAAGGCACCACGGCUCCCAGGAUCAUGGCUGCCGCAUCUGCGGCCGCCGCUUUCGCCAGGCGUGGUUCCUGCAAAGCCACAUGCGCAUUCACCGGGUCAAAGCGCAGCUGCAAGGUAGCAAAAUCAACAACCCGCCUGCCACCAUCAACGGGGUUCUCCAGGACCCGGCGUCACUCACUAACGAAGAGUGCCGCUACGAGCUUUGUGCAGGCUGCGGUAAUUUCUUCCAAGACCAGAAGACCCUGAGGAUCCAUGAAAAGUUACACAAACUCAAGCAGGGCUCUUCACAGAAUUCAACGCUCAAAGCUGUUGACAUUUCAGACAUGAAUGCUGACAAGACACUUUUUUUAGAAAGCCUGCACCUCAAAUGUGCUGAACACGAGGACAGACCAGAGGAGAGAAGUGCCGCCAAGAGAAUUCCGGAACUGGACCCAGUUUGUAGCUACCAAGCGUGGCAAUUAGCUACAAGGGGGCGACUAGUGGAGGCCUCGGAGAAAUGCUUCGGCUGGGAGGAGAGACUGGCGGAUGCAGAGGUGGCCUAUGACACGGAGAAGGGAGAAUAUGUUCCUCUGAAACAGGAGAAGAAGAGGAAGCAGAUUGACACGCCAAACUCCAGCGUGAAGAAGAGGAAGUGUGAUGCAGGCCAGGAGCACAACAUCAGCAAAAGUGGAGACAAGAAGGUGUGCCAGAAGGAGCGGAUUGUGUUAAACGGACUCGGUCAUGCCUUUUACGAAGCACUGCAAACAAAGAAGAUUAAAGAGAUUCAUGUUUCAUCCAAGGGCAGCUUCAGUAAUCAAGAUAAAGAAGGUAAAAAGUCCUUCUUCUCCUGUGAGCACUGUGAUUUCCACACCGCUGAAGCUUCUCUGCUCAGGUCUCAUCUGCACACUCAGCAUUUGGGUUUCUACAGCAAACAGAGCACCAUUUUGAACAAUGUGAGCAGAAGUGGCUCCAAAUCCUCCAAAUACAUGGAUUACCUCCGGAGCCGGAGCGUGCUGCUCAGUCAGCCAUAUUGGAAUAUUUGCUCGUAUCCUCCUGAACAAGACCUGACAAAAGCAACCAUCAAGACCGAAAAGCCAGAUUGGAUUGAGGUAACAGCUGAUAGAAAUGUCACUGUUGACGGCGUCAGUCUUUUGAAUCUUUCUUUAUUAGCGACUGGGGAAAAAUGUAGCCGGAGCUGUCCGGUGAGAGCGGAGGACCUUGUGAGACAUCAGUGCCCGUACUGCUCCCACAACACCAACUAUCCAGAAGUUCUGUGGAUCCAUCAACGCGUUUCCCACAAAGUGGACAGCAACAGCUCCGUAGCACCAAAGUGGGCUCCGUGCAUGAACAGCCUCAAAAGCUCCAAAGCCGGGUUGUGUCAGUGGAGACGUACGGGGCCGCCGCCGUUCCUCGAAGGCAAAGAUUGCCCGUCUCUACCCGGGCCGCGAACUCAGCGUACCUUACCGCCAGGAAUCCAAAGCCAAGGCAGCAGCAAGCACUCAACCACAAAGUCCAAGCACUGUUUGAAGGAACCCUGCCCUCCUGAUGGGGUUCAGUCCUGCGCUAAGGUGUGCCUUCAACCUCAAAGGAAGUCUGGUGAACAAAAACGAGCGGCGGAGGGUGGAGGUAAAGCCUCCAGCGCUCAGGGUAGGCUGUCAAACAACGCCGCCCGAACCAAAAGUGUCCCUAAUUUACAACCUACAAGCAGCUUGAAACCCAGAGGAAACAUGGCUCCGGAGGAGGGGAUCUUCCCUCAGGAGGGACUGGGCUUCAUGCUGGCCAGAAACCACGGCGGCUCUUCUUCUAACACAGACAGACACUACACGCGCAGGAAGUCAUGUGAAUUCUCCUCAGGUCCAAAGGGUCCGGAUCUUUGGUCGAUGUGGAGGCUAUCGGGAGGAAAGGCGUAUUUAGAUCCACUUCUGUUCGCUCAGGGAAACAGUGAAUCGACAGGAGAAGCACCAGCGGAGACGGACAUUUUCAGCCUCCUGAAGAACUACAAUCCACAUGAUCUGGCAGCUCUUUAUCAGCACUGGGGCUUCGUAGAUCCACGGCUUGAUCCACAAGCAAUGAUGCAGCUGAAUGGAAGUUUUGGAAAUGAAGUUCAGUCUCCCUCUGAAGUCUCUAAACAAAUGAGCAGCCACUCCUCCUCAUCCUCAGGGUCACACCAUAAAGGAACGUGAAGCACCGCCGCUCUCCCGCCGGUUCUUGCUCGGACAAUCCUGACUUCUGAAAAAAACAAAGAGGCGUGGAAGUUGUGGUCACAGGGACAGAAGCACUAAAUGAUGCACAAUAUAUGCAAAGGAAACAUGA